AUGGGGAACUGCUGCUCGGAGGGGAAAGGUGGGGAGCCUCCGUUCCCUGACGUUCCCGAGUCAGUGAAGCACGUGUUUAAAGAAUACGCGGACGAGAACGGCGUGAUCACAAGCAAGGCACUGCUUAAGUUCUUCCAGGAGUACCAGCAGGACAAGGGGGUGCUCCAUGGACCUAUUGCGAACCUUCUCCUCUCAUUCCCGAGCACCGGCGGGAAGCAGGAGGCGGCAGCGACGCCGGCGCCCAAGGAGCGAAUGUACCGCAGCAUGACGUUCAAGGGGCAGGGCAGCAAGAUCACGCAGGCCAUGGAAAAAGUGUCGCACACCGUCGGCAGCAAGCUCAUGGGCGUCGCAGCGGGGCCUAACGAAGACCGCUUCUUUCGCUUGCUCAUGAACCCCUCCGCCACUGCGCCUAUCAUUGCCCGGGUGUCGCACGACAUGAAGCAGCCGAUGUCGCACUACUUCAUCUUCACGGGCCACAAUUCGUACCUGAGUGGUAACCAGCUCACCAGCGACAGCAGCGUCAAGCCCAUCAUCAAGGCGCUGCAGCGCGGCGUACGCGUUAUAGAGCUGGAUCUGUGGCCCAACAACGAGAAGACGGAGAUCGUCGUCAUGCACGGCGGCACGCUGACGAAGCCUGUGGGGUUCGCGGACUGCAUCACGGCGAUUAAGGAGCACGCGUUCGUGGCGUCCGAGUACCCCGUUAUUAUCACGCUCGAAGACCACCUCACCGCCCCGCUGCAAGCUACAGCCGCCCAGACCCUCACGUCCAUCCUGGGCGACACGCUCUACAUGCCCAAGGACGGCGAAAAGGAGUUCCCGUCGCCCUUCUCGCUGCGCGGCAAGAUCCUCAUCUCCACGCAGCCGCCCAAGGGGCCCAAAGAGCUCUCCACCGUCGUCGCUACAGACGACCCCGCCGAGGAGAAGACAGACGGCAAGCCGGCCGACGGGGCGGCGGGCGGCGCGGGGGGAGCGGGCGGGGAAGGGGGGGUGGCGACGGUGGCGAGUGAGGAGCGGCGCGCGAAGGCGAAGGUGUUGGGGCUGGGGGACGCGGAGAAGGUGCGCGCCAAAGCGGAGAAGGCGCGCGAGGCGGCCAGCGCGGCUCUGAAGGAGGGGCGGCUGCAUGAGGUCAACGAGGCUGAGCUCAUGGAGGAGUCGGGCACGUGGGAAGAAGAGGACGAGGAAGCAGCGCAGCCGGAGCAGCUAGCACCGGAGUACCGGCGGCUGAUUGCCAUUCCGGGCGGCAAGCUGACGGCGGGGCAGACGGUGGAGGACGGGCUGAGAGACACCGGCGAGGGGCCGCCCAAGCGCGUCAGCUUCAGCGAAUCGCAGCUCACCAACACGACCAAGACGUGCCCCAAGGGGCUAGUGAGCUUCACGCAGCGCAACCUGCUUCGCAUCUAUCCCUUCGGGCUGAGGGUGACGUCAUCCAACUAUGACCCCAUGCCGGCAUGGCUGCAUGGCGCUCAGAUGGUCGCCAUGAACAUGCAGGGCUACGGCCGGCCUUUGUGGAUCGUGCACGGCUUUUUCAGUGCCAAUGGCGGGUGCGGCUACAUCAAGAAACCUGAUUUCUACCUCACGCCUGGGAAGCAGCUGGAGGGGAUCUCUGAGGGGGAUGAGAGUGCUGCAGGCAGCACCGAAGGGGUCUAUGACCCUUCUGUUCCUCGACCCAUCCAAAUGACCCUACGGGUGCGGGUGGUUGUUGGCACGGGGUGGUUGGAGCGGUAUGGCAAGGGUCACUUUGACACCUACUCCAAACCAGACUUCUACUGCAAGGUGAGCAUUGAGGGCGCACCAUCAGACUCGGCAGAGAAGAAGCUUGAUACGUGCAGUGACGACUGGUGCCCCUGCUGGGACGGCACUACCUUGGAGUUCCCCCUCAUACUGCCCGAACUCGCACUGCUCUGCAUUGAGGUUUUAGAGAAAGACCAGUUUAAUGAUGAGUUUGCAGGGCAGGCAGUACUGCCAGUGGCAUCACUCAAGCCAGGCUUCCGCUGCGUGUCGCUGUAUGACCGAAAGGGGCAUCCUCUUGUGGAGGUUGCUGGAGAGGAGGUUGUGGGACCACGGUUGCUGUGCCAUUUUGAGAUGGUGUCGUCUAAUGAAUCAAACGAGGACAAGGCGAAAGCGUUUGAAGAACUUCCCAAGGGGGCUCAAAGAAGUGCAGGAGGUAGUUACGAGGUCUGA